GGCAUGGCUCGCUAUGUGGAUCCACUUGUGGUGGGGAGAGUGAUAGGAGAUGUGGUGGACCUCUUCGUGCCCACCGUAAGUAUGACAGUGAGGUUUGGAUCGAAGCAUGUGAGCAACGGCUGUGACAUCAAGCCAUCCAUGGCCGCUAACCCGCCGACGGUCCAAAUCGCAGGCCAGCAGUCUGAUCUCUACACUUUGGUGAUGACUGACCCUGAUGCGCCGAGCCCUAGUGAUCCCACGAUGAGGGAGUGGCUCCACUGGAUGAUGGUUAAUAUGCCGGGUGGAACAUUUCCUUCUCAAGGGGAGGAGGUGGUGCCGUACAUGGGACCCCGGCUGCCGUUAGGGAUCCACAGGUACGUGAUGGUGCUGUUCCGGCAGAAGUCUCGGUUUCCGGGGGUGACGCCGCCUGCGACGCGCCUCAACUUCAACACGCGGUCAUUUGCUGCGCAUCACGACCUCGGCCUCCCCGUCGCCACCGUCUACUUCAACUCGCAGAAGGAGCCGGCGACCCGGCGCCGCUGAGUAGGGAGCGGCACAAUCCAUGGCAUCCACACUUCGAUAAACUCAUACAUGUUUCGAGCUUGGUCGUGUUCCUUUUUAUCUUUCUGUAUCGCUCUCAGGUUUUCCUUGUCUUCUUCUCCUCCUUUUAGUUUGGCGAGUUUGAUGGGCGGGUAGUCGUAGGUACUUUUGUUCGAAAUAGAGAGAUGUGGUGGUGAUUAAGUUUCUCAUAAUGUUGCU